AUCGGUUUAGUCUCACACACCACUCAUAUCUGCUAUUGUGAUUGUGGGUCUGUCUCAUCGAACAUGCCCGUGCCAGAGCCAUCUGUCAACGGUUACCAUCACGAUGCCGACGAAGAUAUCGACUACACCGACAUCGAUGAAAAAUAUGCCGUGCAUUACGAUGAGUCCUUUUUAGACAAUAUCAUCGUCGUAGAUGGCAUCCCCAUUGUCAAGGCUGAACGGAAGGAACGGCUCGUCACUAAAUUAGGCCAGGACUUCAACCGCCUCGGCGCUUCCUUCAAGCCCGGCAGUCUGCAUAUGCCUUGGGAUGAUGAAAAUGGCCAGAACCGAGGCUAUGUUUUUAUCGAGUACCCAACGGUUGACCAGGCGAAUUCUGCCAUCGCAGCUAUUCACGGAUACCGAUUUGAUAAGAACCACGCUUUUGCGGCCAACCGUUUCGCCGAUAUCGAGAAGUUUACAAAUAUGGAGGAAACAUAUGUCGAACCUGGGCAGGAGGAGUUCAAGGCCAGAGAGCAUCUACGGGCUUGGCUAGGAGACCCGCAGGGACGUGACCAGUACGUGAUCCUACGCGGUGACGAUCUCCAAGUAUUUUGGAACGGUCGGAAUGGGUCAUCAGCUCUCGUCAUCGGACGUCCACGUUGGACAGAAUCCUACGUAGCUUGGUCGCCGGCGGGCACUUUUAUGGCGACCUUCCACAUCCAAGGUGUCCAAUUCUGGGGCGGCCCUUCAUGGACUCGCGUCCGUCGACUCGUCCAUCCGCACGUCAAGCUCCUUGACUUCUCUCCUGGGGAAAACUAUGUUGUUACCUGGUCAAACGAGCCGAUCCAGAUUCCCGAAAACGCGCGGACUGGCCCCGACAUCUUUUCGUCCGACGAUGAGGGCAAUAGUGUCGCUGUAUGGGACCUCAAGUCGGGUUUCGUCCUGCGAACGUUCCCCUCUGGCCAGCAAGGGGAGGAUAGCGCAACGAAGAAGAUGGUCUGGCCGAUGCUCAAGUGGAGUGGUGACGAUCGGUAUGUCGCGCGCAUCCAACCUGGCCAGCAGAUCAGCGUGUACGAACUGCCCGGUAUGCAUCUGGUUGACAAGAAGAGCAUUAAGAUUGAGGGCAUGCAAGACUUUGAAUGGUGCCCGUGGGGUGAUCGCGAUCGGGAUGACCAGGAUGGAAAGACGAAAGGGAAGAGGGCACGUGAAAAUAUUCUGGCUUAUUGGACCCCAGAGGUGGUCAACCAACCCGCACGUGUGACGCUCAUGAGCUUUCCAAGCCGCACACAGCUCCGAUCAAAGAACCUCUUCAAUGUUUCAGACUGCAAACUCCACUGGCAAAAUCAGGGCGAUUUCCUUUGUGUUAAGGUCGACAGGCACACUCGCACGAAGAAGUCUCUUUACUGCAACCUGGAGAUCUUCCGGAUGCGGGAGAAGGACUUCCCAGUUGAGGUGCUCGAAAUUAAGGACGCUGUCAUCUCCUUCACGUGGGAACCGCGCGGGGAACGCUUUUGCAUCAUUACCACUAAUGAUCCCAACUUCGGCAAUGCCGCCCCCGGAAUUACAAUCAAGACCGCUAUUCACUUUUACCAGCUAGAGCGCACCAAGGGCGACUUCCGAUUGCUCAAAACAAUCGAAAAUAAGACUUCGAAUUCCGUGUUUUGGUCGCCAAAGGGUCGGCAUGUUGUGCUCGCCACGAUGGGUUCGCAGAGCAAGUUUGAUAUGGAGUUUUGGGACCUCGACUUCACCGGUGACGAUGCGCCAAGAUCAGACAAGGACCCAGGCGCCAAUAUUCAGCUCCUGAACACCACGGAACACUACGGCGUCACCGAUAUUGAGUGGGAUCCUAGUGGCCGUUUUGUUGCUAGUAGCGCCAGUGCAUGGAGGCAUACACUGGAAAAUGGGUAUGCUCUCUGGGACUUCCGUGGCCAGGAGCUCUCGAAACAAGUCCUGGACCGCUUCAAGCAGUUCCUUUGGAGACCUCGCCCGCGAACACUGCUCAGCAAGGACCAACAGCGUGAGAUCCGGAAGAAGUUGCGAGAAUACAGCAAGCAGUUCGACGAGGAGGAUGCUGCGGAGGAGAGCACCGUCAGCGCAGAGCUAAUCGCUUCGCGCAGACGUCUCAUCGAUGAAUGGAAUGCUUGGCGGAUCAAGGUCAAACGGGAGCUCAAAGAGGAAAAAGGCAAGCGUCCUCAGCAGCGUCACCUGCAGGAGAAGGUGGAGGAAUACGUGGAUGAGAUCAUCGAGGAGACGAUCGAGGAGGUGCUUGAGUAGGUUGUGUAUGCUCUUAUAGCAGUCUUUCGAUAAUGCAUGUGUCUUGUUGCUU